UAUCAGCAGCAGAAAUAUCAGCAGCAACAAUACCAACAGCAGCAAUAUCAGCUGCAGCAGCAGAAGCAGCAGGCAUCUCGCGUGCUCUACAAGCCGCGCACUGUGCAGGAGGCGGGCAAGUUCUCCAUCAAAAUGCCAGCGGGGGGCGGAGGGGUGAAGGUGCUGCCCAACGGCAGCUAUGCGACACAGCUGAAGAUGCAGUCGCAGAUACGCGGCGUAGCUGGAUCAGUUGCUCAGCAUCCGUACAACAGGGUGAUGGUGGCCAAUCCGCAGGAUCGCUUCAGGAACGGACAGAACCGAGUGUUUAUGCAGAACGGCACUCCUGCGGGCUUUCCCAAGUCCCUCACGGACUUUAUCAAGGCCAAGAGCGGCGUGGUUCCGGGCCAGAGCCAGAUGCGAGGCCUCCUGCCCAACCACAUGAUGAAGCCGAUGACCCAGAUGAAGCUGCCAAUGAAUGGCGAGCUGCCCAAUGGGCUGCGCGUGCCGCAGCAGCGCCGGGAUUUCCCGCCGAUGCAUGCGCCGCUCGAGGACGACGAGGUGGACUUCGAGGAGAUCGGCGUGGCGGACACCUACUCCUCGUACUGGCCGAGCAAGCUGAAGGGCGGCUCGCGGCAUCCCGAUCCCGUGGUGGAGACGGCCACGCUGUCCUCCGUCGAGCUGCCGGACAUCACGUACGAGCUGGCCCUCCCAGACAAGCUCAAGAACUCGAACAGACUGAGCGCGCUGCAGCUGGAGGCGGUGACCUAUGCGUGCCAGGCGCACGAGCAGUUGCUGCCCAGCGGCCAGCGAGCGGGCUUCCUGCUGGGCGACGGCGCGGGCGUCGGCAAGGGACGCACCGUGGCGGCCAUCAUCUACGAGAACUACUUGCGCGGCCGCAAGCGUGCGCUCUGGAUAUCGGUGUCGAAUGACCUGAAGUUCGACGCGGAGCGGGAUCUGCAGGACAUUGGGGCGAGCAAGCACCUCAAGGUUGCCUCGUUGAGCAAGUUCAAGUACAGCCGCAUCAACUCCGGGGAGAACGACUACUUCAAGCGCGGCGUCAUCUUCUGCACCUACACCGCCCUCAUCGGGGAGUCGGCGAACGCCAAACCCAAGUACAACACGCGGCUGCGCCAGCUGAUCAACUGGCUGGGCAAGAAAUUCGAUGGGGUCAUUGUGCUCGACGAGUGCCACAAGGCGAAGAACCUGAGCCUGAUGAACGCCGGCAAGUCCACCAAGACGGGCACCACGGUGCUCGAGCUGCAGCAGCUGCUGCCGAUGGCGCGGGUGGUUUACGCCUCGGCGACGGGUGCCUCGGAGCCUCGCAACAUGGCGUACAUGGUGCGCCUGGGGCUGUGGGGCCCCGGCACCUCCUACUCGGAGUUCUUCAAGUUUGUGAACGCCGUGGAGAAGCGCGGCAUUGGGGCCAUGGAGAUCGUGGCCAUGGACAUGAAGCUGCGGGGCUCGUAUAUCGCGCGCCAGCUGAGCUUCAAGGACGUCAGCUUCCGCAUCGAGGAGGUGCCCAUGUCGCGGGACUUCCACAAGCUCUACAACCACUCCGCCGAGCUGUGGGCCGAGAUCAAUGAGAAGUUCGUGAAGGCCUGCCGCCUGAUGUGCAUCGAGAACCGCGUCCAGAAGAUAAUCACCUGCCAGUUCUGGUCGGCGCACCAGCGCUUCUUCAAGAACCUCUGCAUUGCCUCGAAGGUGAACCAUGUGGUCAAGAUGGUGCGCGACGCGGCGCGCCAGGGCAAGGCAGUGGUCAUCGGGCUGCAGUCGACGGGCGAGUCGCGCACCCUGGAGCACUUGGAGCUCUACCAGGGCGAGCUGACCGGCUUUGUGUCCACCGCGAAGAUGAUCAUACAGUCGUUCGUGGAGAAAUACUUUCCCGCACCCUCGCGCGAUGCGUUCUAUAAGCUGCUAAGCACGGGCACCUUCGAGCCGGAGGCUCGUUGGAAGAGCUCCGGCCCGAAGCGCAGUCGCGUGAUUUCCGAGUGGUCGGACGACGACAUGGAUGUGGAGGGGGGUGAUAGCGACAUGGAGUUGUGCGACAACUCCUGGAAUGGCGACGACGAUGAUGAUGACCGCCUGAAGGCGGGACGCAAGCGACGCGGCCGUCCGCCCAAGCUGGACAAGGAGAAGAUAACCAUGCAGGACCGCAUCCUGCAGCACCUGUGCGACAACAUGAAUGCCAAGCAUGACGACGACGACGAUUCUAGCUGCGAUUCCUCCAAGCCGCAGUCGGCCAAGAUCACGGAGCGAGACGUCGACCGCUGCAUCACGGUGCGCGAGAAGCUGCUCGAUAAGAUUGAGAUCCUGGGCAAACGCAUGCCGCCCAACACGCUGGACAAGAUCAUCUCCAAGCUGGGCACCAAGGUCGUGGCUGAGAUGACGGGCAGGCGCGGCCGUGUGAUCAAGAUGGACGACAACACCUAUCGCUACGAGCAGCGCGGCGAGGCGGAGACGACCAUGGACCUGGUCAACUACAUGGAGAAGCAGCGCUUCAUGGAGGACACCAAGCACGUGGCCAUCAUCUCAGAGGCGGCGUCCAGCGGCAUCUCGCUGCAGAGCGACAGGCGGCUGGCCAUUCAGCGCCGCCGGCUGCACAUCACCUUGGAGCUGCCCUGGAGCGCAGACCGAGCCAUACAGCAGUUCGGACGCACGCAUCGUUCAAACCAAGCGAACGCGCCCGAGUACGUCUUCCUGAUCUCGGAUCUGGGCGGCGAAAGUCGCUUCGCAGCGACUGUGGCCAAGCGGCUGGAGAGUCUUGGGGCUCUCACGCAGGGCGAUCGGCGGGCCACCGAUGCAAGGGAUCUUUCCAAGUUCAACAUUGACAACAACAUCGGGCGCAGCGCCCUGGAGAGCGUCCUGCAGCAAAUCACGGGCGAGAAGCCGCUGGAGGAGGUGCACGUUCCCGACACCUACAAGGGCGACUUCUGCUUCGACUGCUGCGUCGCGCUCUCUGGCGUGGGCAUGCUGAGCGUCUCCGAGGACAACAAGGGUCACCAGAUCUUUGUCAUUGAGAAGGACAGCAACAACAUACCCAAGUUCCUCAAUCGCAUACUCGGCUGCCGCGUCGAGGUGCAGAAUGCGCUCUUCAAGUUCUUCCUCAACAAGAUGUAUUCGCUCAUCCUACAAAUGAAGCGCUCCGGACACUUUGAUCUCGGCAUCCUGGACCUGGAUGCGCACGGCGCCAAUGUGACAGCCAUCAAGCUGAUACGCUUCGUCAGAAAGCAUGCCACGGGCACGGCGGCCACAGAACUCCACACCUUGCAGGUGGUGCGCGGCAUGUCCUACGAUCAGGCGUUGGCCAAGUACAAGAAGGAAGCACGCCAGGAGCACGAGGGCUUCUAUACCUUCAAGCAGGAGCGCAACAACAACAAUUGCGCCAUCCUCUGCCUCAAUGCCCAGCCGGACCAAAUCGAGACCACCGACCACAGCAAGCUGAACAUGAAGAUCUAUCGGCCCAACACGGGGCCCCAGGUGCGCACCGAGACGCUCAGCUCGAUUAGCAAUCGCUACGUGAAGGCCUCGCCCGAGGCAGUGAAGCAGUUCUGGGACAUGCAAUACAAUCAGUGCCUGCGCGUGUGCUCCCACAUCUACUGGAACCGCCGCUGCCCCUUCGGCAUCAAGUGCGGAGUGGGUCUCCGGGUGCGCACCUACCACGUGCUCUCGGGCCUCAUGCUGCCCAUCUGGGAUCGCAUUGCGCUGAUCAUCGAGAAGGAUGGCCGCAAGAUCCAGAUGAUACGCGUGAAGACCGACCAGAACAAGAAGAUCGUUGGAACUGUGGUGCCCGAGGGAGUUUACCAUCAGCUGGUGGCCGACCUCUCGGCCGAUUCCGUAGUGGAGAGCAGGGACCUCAGGGUCCCCAAGCAAUAAGAUGUCAUUUAUCA